GUUGACAGGAAGCCAGUGUAAAGACCUGAGAACUGGAGUGAAGUGAUCCACUUUCCUGAGGGUGCUCGUGGGCGCUAUCGGCAGAGAUUUUUCACUGAGUGGAAGCACCGGGGUAGAGUGCAGCACCAACGAUCAACUAAACAUCUGGAUCCACCAAAUAAAAAGGCAGAGGUCAUUAAAGUAAAAAUAAUGGAGGAGCAUCAGCCUGCAGGCUUCUUCCUGGCCGACUACGCAGUCUUUUCUGCCAUGUUGUUGGUCUCUAUGGGAAUCGGACUCUUCCAGGCCCUGAAGAAGAGGCCAGGGGAAGCCACUUCUGAUGAUUUCUUCACCGGGGGUCGGAGCAUGCCAGCAGUGCCUGUUGGGUUGUCGCUCUGUGCGAGUUUUAUGUCAGCAGUCCAGGUUCUGGGUGUUCCUUCUGAGGCGUCUCGUUAUGGCUCUAAAUUCCUCUACAUGUGCUUGGGACAAACCAUCAGUUCCCUGCUGACAGCUUACUUUUUCCUGCCAGUUUUCUUUCGACUGGGCAUCACCAGCACCAAUCAGUAUCUGAAGCUGAGAUUUGGCAGGGGCAUGCAGCUGUUGGGGAGUAUCCAGUUUCUGGUGGCAACGCUGCUUUACACAGGGAUUGUCAUCUAUGCACCUGCUUUGAUCCUCAACCAAGCUACCGGACUCAAUAUGUGGGUGUCUCUGUUUUCUACGGGGAUCAUUUGCACACUUUACACCACGCUGGGGGGCAUGAAAGCUGUAAUCUGGACUGAUGUGUUCCAGAUUAUAGUCAUGUUGGCUGGCUUUGUGGCCAUUUUCAUCCACGGUACAGUUCUCGUUGGUGGUCCGGCAAUGGUGCUGGAAAUCGCCAAAAAUGGAUCGCGAAUUAAUUUCAAUGACUUUAGCGUUGACCCACGUCAGCGCUAUAGUUUCUGGAGCCUGUCUGUCGGAGGUGCAUCGGUUUGGCUGUCCAUGUAUGGGGUAAACCAAGCUCAAGUCCAGCGCUACAUCUCCUGCAGAACAGAAAAAGAUGCCCAGUGGGCGCUGUUUGUGAAUCAAGUGGGUCUGUACCUCAUCGUGAGCAGUGCAGCAACCUGUGGCAUUGUCAUGUUCGCUUAUUACAUCAACUGUGAUCCACUGAAGUCCGGGAUCAUUUCUGCCCCGGAUCUGUACAUGCCGUACUUUGUGUUGGACAUAUUCAGAAAUCACCCUGGCUUCCCAGGUCUUUUCCUUGCCUGCGCAUACAGCGGGACGCUGAGCACGGCCUCUACAAGUAUCAAUGCGAUGGCUGCAGUAACGAUGGAGGAUCUGCUGAGGCCUCGUCUGCGCCUCGUGACCCAGAAGAAAUUGAUACUGAUUUCGAAGGGAUUGUCUUUACUUUACGGAGUUAGUUGUAUCACAGUAGCUGCUCUCUCUUCCCUCCUGGACUGGGGAGUUCUUCAGGGGUCCUUCACAGUAAUGGGUGUGGUCAGUGGUCCAAUACUGGGUGUAUUCAUUUUGGGGAUGUUUGUCCCACCAACAAACAGGCAGGGGGCAUUCUCAGGAUUCUUAGUGGGCUUCUGUGUCUCUCUGUGGCUCGCGGUUGGUACAACUCUUUACCCUCCCAGUGAGGACACCAUGGGUGUGCUGCCCAGCUACACCAGCGGGUGUAGACCAAGCAACAUCACCUUGAACAACAACAGCCUUCUCCAGGAACAACCCUCCAUCUCCACACUGCAUUACCCCAGGCAACAAGGGGGCUUGCUUGAUUUCUACUCCCUGUCCUACCUGUAUUUUGGUGCCAUGGCAACAAGUUCGGUCGUGCUAGUUGGGCUGAUAGUGAGUUGUGCAACAGGGCCAACACAGAGGAUUAAUAUUAAAGAGGGUUUGUUAUGGUGGGAUCUGAACAAAAAACAAAUAGAGGAUCCAUCAGAGCUUAGACGAAAUGUGGUAGUUGAUAGACCACAGCUGGUGCCUCUGAGGGACAUGCAUAAAGAAGACACAAAAGAAGAAGAAACAACAGAUGUUGGGAAUAUUAAGUCACCACUCACACUUAAAGUGAUGAACAGCUUUUAGUCAAUUCUAUGCAUUUUGCCACUAUUUCUUACACACUGAAUUGUCUUAAUUCUAAAUAUUCCAGUUGUGUCCUUUCCAAGUCUGCUCCAUAUUUGGACAUAUGUUUAAAAAAAUAUGAAUAAAAUAGGAUAUUAAAAUAAUUUUUCAAAUGUUAUUGGAUAAUGAAGGUAUUUAUUAUUGUGCCAAGGAAGGUAUAAACUGACCAAACACUCUUAUUACCAUAGUUAUUUGAAUUGUAAUGCUAAAAGGCUCUUUCAUCCCAACAUUCAUUCUGGUAUGCUGCAUAUCUCUAGCAAUGCACACCUGCACUUCACCAGAUAUGGAUAUGUGACAGAUGGACUGGAGUAAACUGAGUCUUUUCUCUUCACUUAAAAAAUGGGAGCUCUGGUAUGCAGGUAAUGCCUAAUAUGGCUUUGUAUGUAUACAUGGACCGCAGGAAACGGUGUAACUCAUUAUAGUAUAUAUAACAUAGUCGUGUGGCAUUAGGUUGAGACCUGCAGUAAGUGGCGCUUAUUGUCUAGGAUAUGAUCCAAUAAAACCUAUAGUGCAUUGUUCCGAGACGCUACUCUUGUGGAUAGAUGGUUGACAGAAUAUUGUAGAUAAAGAAAUCUUUUCUUGAGCUUGAAUUGUUGCUACUGUUUAUUGAGUAUAUGUCUGGCAAGCCACAUGACAAGCGUAUUUAAUCUGUGACUACAUUUAUGCAUAAAGUCAAUAUAUCAUAUGAAAAAAAUAACAAUAUAUUGUGUGCAUCAAAUUAGGAAUAGUGUUGGAAGGUAACAAGUCUUAUUACUGUUAAUGUUAGUUUUGCACGUGCCUUUACUUUACUUGAGUAUGUUCUCAAAACAUAAUUUAAUUCCUGCAGUAUUUUAAAUUGAAAUAGUGUGCUUACUUCAUUAGUGUUGUCUCUUUUUACUUGGUCUUAAUAAAGCUUUAUAAUGUUGAAAAUAUGGAGUGGUAUAUUUUUUUUAAAUGUAUGCACAAACUGUUCUGGAUGUUACAGGUUUUAGAUUUAGGUUAAAAGAAAAUAGCUUUAAAUUUAGGAACCUCAUUUACAUCAUACUGACAUAUUUUAGGUAAAUUACAACUUCUAUUGAAGCAAGAUUGCCUUAAAUGGAGAACCGAGGACUAUUUAAAACGUGGUAGCUGUGGGAUUUUAUCCUGCCAUUAAUAAUGGUAUUAAGGUGUCUUGUCGUAGGCUAUUUUUGGUUUAUACUGACAUCUGCUGAUCAUUACAUUUGAAUAGUUCAGAUGCACACACAUGGAUACACACAUUAUGGC